AUGGGUAGUAGAUAUCUGCUAGGCACAGCUCCAAAACCGAUUAAAGGAAAACCUUUAAGUAAUACGAGACUGGAUAAAUUAGCCCAAAUAAGUGGACUUAAGAAAGCUGAAGUCAAAGAGUGGCAUGAAGGUUUUAUUGUAUGUUUAUUUUACCAAUUUUUCCCAACAGCUAAGGCUGAAAAGUUCUCCGAAUAUGUUUUCAAGACAUUUGACACUGACGGGUCAGGAGAAGUGGACUUUGAUGAAUUUCUUAUUGCUAUAAGCCUAACAGCAAAACAAGAUCCGAAACAAAAGCUGGACUGGGUCUUCUCUCUGUAUGAUCUGGACAACAAUGGAUAUAUCGAGAAAAAAGAAAUGAAUAAAAUAAUGGAGGCUAUCUAUGAUUUGAACGGCGAAGAUAAGCACGGUCCAAAUCCACCGAUUAAAAAAGUUGAACGAAUAUUUUCAAAACUGGAUAAAAAUCAAGAUUAUAAAUUAUCCAAGGACGAAUUUAUUAAUGGUUGUUUGAUGGACGAACAUCUCAAUCGUUUACUCUCACCGUCCAUGGCAACAUAA